AUACCAAGACUGACCCGCUCGAAGGGGACCGAGUCUGUUCAAAAGCAAGAUUUUGGUGCAAAAAGUCGUUCGGAGAAGGACGCGCCUCUCGGCAAAUUAAAGGAAGAUGAUGUGCAUGCAGCGCCAUGGCGAGCUCUUUUCUUCUUCACCACAAAGUCACACCUGACAUGCUUGUUCAUCGGUCUCGCAGCGGCGCUUGCAGUUGGUGGUAUCACACCAGCGCAAUCCUAUUUACUCGGCAAAGCAUUCAACGCAUUCACUAGCUCCAGCAGUCCAAGCGCAGUUCUCAAGAGUGUCACUAACUACACCAUCUACCUUGUUGCUGUCGGAGUUGGUAGUUGGCUAGUGCAUUUCAUCUUCUUCUCGGUCUGGCUCGCGUUCGGCGAAUUGCAAGCCAACAGCGCAAGAGAAAGGUUGUUUCUGGGUAUGCUGAGUAAGGAAAUCGAGUGGUAUGAUAUGCGCAAGAACGGAAUCGGCGCAAUGAUACCUCGUCUGCAAGCAGAUCUUCAACUCGCCACCGCUCAACCCUUCGGUGGUUUGCUAGCCUCUGCUGCAGAAGCCAUUGCCUCUCUCGGACUUGCUCUUUACACUUCCUGGAAGCUCACCCUCGUCAUCAUUUCGACUACUCCUGUAAUCGUCCUUGUCAUCGGUUACUUAAGUGCGUCCAUGCAACAGUCAGUCAAGAAGCAACAAGAGAAGCUCACGGAAGCACUCAAAUACGUCGGCAACGCCAUCAACGCCAUCGAGACUGUCAAGUGUUUCAACGGUCAAGAUCACGAGCUAAAGAGAUAUUCUUCUCGCCUCGAGGAAGCCGCAAGCUGGUACUAUCGUGUCGUCAACGCCAAUUCCCAGCAGUUUGGCCUCGUCGGGUUCAUGACAUUGGCAAUAUUCGUUCAAGGUUUCUACUAUGGCGGUGUGCAGGUCGACAAGCAUGAAAAGAACACGGGUGAUGUUGUCACAACCUUCUUCUCGGCAAUCAGCGCCUUUCAGGCCAUCUCUAGCAUCUUGCCACAGAUGAUAGUGCUCCAGAAAGGCAGAACAGCCGGAUCAACGCUUAGAGCCAUUAUGGCACAAAUAUCGAAAAAGUCAGACGCUCUACCAUCACCGGAGCUCUUGAGACCAGGCAGAUGCGAUGGCAACAUCGAGUUUCGAGAUGUGUCGUUUGCUUAUCCAGCCCGUCCAGACCGGAUGGCUUUGAAAAAUGUCACUUUCUCAAUCCCGGCACAUGACAUUACGUUUAUUAUUGGGAAGAGCGGUUCCGGAAAGAGUACCUUUGGUCAACUGCUUCUGAACUUUUACCCAGCAGCUUCGGGACAGAUACUUUUCGACGGGCUGCCCAUAGACUCAUUGGAUCCUCCCUGGCUCCGGAAUCGCGUCACCCUUGUUGAGCAGCACAGCAUGUUAUUCGAGGACACUGUCUUUGAGAACAUCGCCAUUGGAACUGAGCAUCGACAUGAUGUUACACAGGAGGCUGUGACAAGCGCUGCUGAGUUUGCUCUCUUGUUGGCCAUGAUCAAUGACAUGCCUCAGAGAUUUCAAUCCAAGGUUGGAGCGAAAGGCGGCACAAUGAGUGGUGGGCAAAGGCAGAGGAUGGCCCUUGCUCGAGCAUAUCUGCGAGAUACGCCUGUACUCCUUCUGGAUGAGUCAACGAGCGCAUUGGAUCAAGUCAGUCGUUCACUGAUGAUGGAAGCAAUUCGUCGAUGGCGCCAUGGCAAGACGACUAUGAUCAUCACCCAUGAUAUUACACAAAUCCUCCNNCCUGAUGAUUACGCAAUGGUCUUUGAGGAUGGCGAACUUGUACAGGAAGGUCAUCGCAAACACAUGGAGCAAAUGCGCGGUUCGCCUUUCCAGAAGUUCUUAUCGUUCGACUCCGUCGCUGUGCCAGACUCUCAAGAGAUUCUGAGUGGCACGGAGAAAGAGCUAGAUCGAGAUCCAACAUACCAGGAAGCUACAGACGACCCAUUGGAGGCUCAUUUGGAUGCUGGUGAGAACCCUCGAUACUCUUAUCUGCCGGCACUCUUCGCAAACAGACAUACGAAGGCUGCAUUCAAUGGAGUAUAUGGCUUUGCUACUCCGCUCAGCGAACUCGGCUCACCAAUUUCUCAAUUCGCAUCGGGGCCGUCCUCACCUACAAACAGGAGGUCCAGCGACAAAAACUCUGCUACUUCAAACGAACCACGAACUGAGGACGCGACACAGCAAAGUGACAAAGAAGCUGUUGGAAGUAAGAGAACAAGAAACAGGAAGUCUAUAGCUCCUGAGCUUCUGGACAAGUUCGUAGAGUCGACCGGAAGUCUAGCUGCCCGGGCUCGUCUUACUCCAGGAAAUUCAAGGAGAAGACGUCUGCCUUCUGAUGAGUCUAUACCUGCUGUCGCUGGUGGCACCGAGAUGCAACCUCUAUCGAAGCACAAGAAUAAGGAAGCGCCCGAAGACGACCGGCAGAUAUUCUCCCUACGAGCUAUUCUCAGCACCGUCUGGCCUAGCCUUGACUGGUAUACGAGGGCCGUUCUCAUUGUCGCUUUUGUUGCUGCCUCCAUCAACGGAGCAUGUACUCCUGUUUUUUCCAACGUUCUGUCCAAGCUGAUAGGAACCUAUGGGAAAGGCGACCAAGAAAGACAUACCGCUGUGAUCUACACCGUGGCAAUUCUUGGUAUCGCGGUUCUGAGUGGCGCGAGCAGCUAUAUCAUGCAUUUGUUCCUAGAAUAUGCUGGUCAGGUAUGGAUCAAUACCAUGCGUGAAAGAUCACUAGAACGUAUCCUAGAUCAGCCCCGUGAUUGGUUCACUCACGAAGAGAACUCGGUUUCGCAUGUGAUGGAGGGUUUAGACCGACAUGCAGAAGAGAUGCGUAAUCUCCUAGGUCGUUUCGCAUCAUCUCUCUACAUUGCUCUUGUUUUGAGUGUGGUUGCUUUCAUCUGGGCUUUGACUUCGCAAUGGAAGCUCACUCUUAUCGCAGCGGCUCUCGGCCCCUACGUAUAUUUCGUCACCAAAUCUUUCAGCACUGUUAGUGGGAACUGGGAGGGUAAAAGCAAUGACGCUGCGGAGGCCGCAGGAUCAAUCUUUACUGAAACGUUCACCAACAUCAAGACCGUACGUGCCUUGACCCUCGAGUCUCAUUUCCGAGAAAAGUACUUCCACGCAACCAAGCACGCACUACAGGUUGGCUUCAAACGCUCUAUCUACGUUGGCUUUUUCUACGGUCUUUCAGAUUCUUCUGGAAUCUUUAUCAUGGCGCUCAUGUUCUAUGCUGGGGCGAAAUUGAUACGAGAUGGUGCCAGCGUGUCAAAGAUUGUUGAAGUUUUCAUCCAAUUGAUAUUGGCAAUCACGAACGUGAGCCUUUAUCUGGGUCUUAUACCACAGAUAGGUCUAGCAAAGGAUUGCGCAUCUCGCCUGCUUCGACUUUCGACGUUACCUAAAGACUCGCAUGAACAUCUUGGAAACACACAGAUUACAUCGAUUGGUGAUAUUGAGCUACACAACCUAAGUUUCUCUUAUCCUUCUCGUCCGGAUCAAGCGGUACUCAAGAACAUCGACCUGCUCAUACCGGCGGGUGAUACUACUGCAUUGGUCGGAUCUUCAGGGUCUGGAAAGUCCACCAUUGCCGGUUUGCUCUUGAAUCUGUACACGACUACAGGCGAAUCGUUUGAGGUCAAUGGUAGUAUACCAGACAUCAUGCUAUCAGGUCGUGAUCUGAAACAUAUACAUACUCCAACUUUGCGUUCGUUAAUCACGGUUGUCUCGCAGACCCCAGUACUGUUUCCUGCAACGGUUGCGGAAAAUAUCACAUAUGGGUUACCACAGUCGUCCCCUCAUAGCAGCAUGGCAUCAGUUCGGCGGGCUGCAGCCGCAGCUGGUAUUGAUGAGUUCAUCAUGAGCCUGCCACAAGGCUAUGAGACUCUGGUAGGCGAAGGCGGUACUGGACUGUCAGGUGGACAGGCCCAACGGGUAGCUAUUGCCAGGGCUCUGGUCCGCAGACCAGCAGUCAUGAUCCUCGACGAAGCAACGUCCGCACUCGACGUCGAAAGUGCAAACCUGGUUCGGGAAACCAUACAAGGCUUAGUCGAGCGUGAUGGCACUGGCAUGACCGUAAUAAUCAUCACUCAUAGCAGAGACAUGAUGAGUAUUGCGAAAAAUAUCAUAAUGCUUUCUCAAGGACAGGUUGUGGAGCAAGGAAGCUACGAGGGAUUGUUGCGCAAGAAGGGCGAGUUCUUUCACCUUCUGAGUGGAGGAGAGUGGACCGAGGAGCCGGAAGAAAAGGAUGACGUUGCAGCUCGCGAUCUAUCGGGUAACAUAGAUUGG